CUUAUUACUGGGCUGAAGACUCAAAUGUGCAAUCCGCGAAAUAAAAAAAUAUUCGUACUUUCCGCGCAAAUGUACCUACACCCGCGGAACAAAUAUCAAGGCCCCGUUGUACAAUGGGACGCAAAUGGACGGACGGGUCUAACACUAUCUUGUUUGCUGCCUCCAAAAUGCAAGGAAACGUGACAAAGAGCAACCAGUGAGAUUGUAUAUUUCAAGGUUACGAAAUAUCAAUUUAAUUUAAACAUGUACGUAUUAACAUACGUUUCGAGAUGAUGUAACGGGCAGAAUUUACAUUUAAAAAAUAAAACACAAUGUUACAUUACAACUUUUAACAUAUUUAGAACUUUAACAACCAAACGUGUCUACCACCGCAGCCUAUCGGUCCGCACGGAGAAACGUAAACGGAAGAGCUCAGCAUUUGCGGGUCCGUUCGCCGUCUGCGUGAUAUCAUCGUAGAACGAGCUUUAACAGCGCCGUCGAACUUUCGUUAACGUUCACGCCAUAACGUGUUUUUCUUUUUCCACUACCGUGAAACAACCUUGACUGUUGCGUGUGUGCGGACAAUGACGGUGUGGAGAGGGGAGGGGGAAGGACAGGACGAUGACCCGCCCUCCCGGGUGGUGUGUUUACGCACCGGCUACGCCCUCGUGCGUCCGUGGCCUUGGCCGCGUUUCGCGGUCAACUGCGGCGCUCUAUCCGCCCGCCCACACGGGAGAGAGGUGACCCCCCCCCCCCCCCCCCUCUCUCCACACCGCGGCCGUGUGCUCUCUGUACGGGCCGGCGCGCACACACACACACAUGUGCACUCGCCGCUGCUGGCUGCAGUCGACCGCCCGCGCCGCUGUCAUGUGGGCUCCGCCGCCGUCGCCGUCGACUUCGACGUCACUGCUGCUGCUGCUGUCGGCGUCGCUCCUGCGAACAGGUUCCGGGAUCAGCUGCUACACGGCCCUGUGCGUCAGCGGCGCGCCCAACGUCACCGACCGCUGCUCCUUCAGGCACGAGCCGGCCCGCCUGGAGGACUGCCACUUCGACGAGCUGCUGGAGACCUUGGCCCGCGUCGACGCCGGCGAGCUGACCCCGGCCCAGGCGCUCCGCGGCGUCCGCGACGAGGACAUGGUGUGCAUCCACGUGCAGGCCACAGCCGAGUGGGCCGCAGGCUCCAGGCACGUGGACUACCGCGCAUGCAUGCCGCCCGACCCCUUGCGCUGCGACAUCCUGCACAACAGCACCUUGCGCAAGUACGCCGCGGUGGGCGCUAGUGUCGUCUGGUCGUGCUCCCUGUGCUCGCGCGACGGCUGCAACUCGGGCGAUACGGCUGGCGAGUUGGUCGCCUCUGUCGCCUCCAAGAAACUCCGGUCACUGUCGCUGCUGUUACUGCCAGCCACUGCACACUGGUUGCUCGUCACGUGACCGGGCCGAUGGGUUUCCUGCGCAGGUAGUGGGGAAUCUUAAUUAGCUGGGAACAACUUCAAUAAAUAUACCCCGACAAACAUUUCAGAAGACAUCUCCAACAGACAGAAAGUUGAGGUUUUUAUUGCAGAUAGACAACUGGAUAAUUUGCCUUGAAAAUUAGUGUGGAAAGGAAACUUAUUUACACAUUUUUAAUGUAUUAUCAGCAUGUUAAAUAUAUUUUUUAAAAUUCGA